CGCUGUAGUGGGACUGUCCGGUUAGAUUUUCUCAUCGGCCGACAUUUAAAGCCAAUUAACUAGUAACGGAUAACUGUUUACUACGUAUUCAUGUUUGAUAUAAAUGUAUAUAGUGAAUUGAGACGGGAUUAUAGGUUUCUGUAACUGUGCGCGGCGUUAAAUCGAUUCUAGUGACUGUGGUUGCACCCGGUUAGAGUGCGUGUUGUGUUACAGUCUUUUGGACGCAUUUUUUUGCUUUCCUCUAGCGCUGGUACUUUCGUUUUCGCUAGAUGACACCUAGGUAAGGCGAUCGCUGUACUUCUGGAGAAUCGAUGGGAAUUUAAAAGCCGCGUAGCCGGGGCCGUGUCAAGAUGAUGGUGGAGACCAUUUUGGACUCCUCGCAGGACUUUGGCAUGUCCAACGGGGUGCUGCCACAAUGGAAGCGCGAGCUCCUCCAGCGGCGCGCGGCGCGCGCCCGCCCCGCGCCGCCCUCCGCCCCCGCACCCCCGCCCGCGCCUCCACCGGAAGAAGACGAGGAGCUCCGCUACGGGCCUGGCAUCGUCAAGCGACUCAAAUCCCGAUACCUGUCGCUUGCGCUCAGAGACGCCCCGAGGCGCAGACCAUCAGUACUUAGGCGAGCUGCCUCCCUCGAGCAUUUGUUAGAUGAACGUCCCCCGCCCGCGCCCCGCCCGCAGCGACAGCGCCCCGUGUCGCUAGCACCCGCUUGCCCCGCCGCGAUACCGCCGCGUCGCGAUUCGGUUAAACGCGCCCGCUCAGUUGACGCUCUGAGCCGCUUGGAGCGCGAGGAACCGCCUCCGUCCCCGCCUCCGCCACCGCCUAUCGCUCCGCGUCCGCCGGCUGUGCGGAACGCGCGCCCGCCGCGCCGCCCCGCUCCUUUACUACGCGAAACCGAACGCCCUCCGCCCGAUGUCGUCAAAUCUACACUCAGGAAGUUCGAAUCCGCCCCGACUCGGCGAACAGCCCCCGCGGCGCGGGUGUCGGCUGUAUUGCGGGGCUUCACGAUUUCCACUUCAGAGCCAAAUGACCGCUCGCCUAGCCCGAUUACUGACGUGUCAAUUAUCGAGGACCCAGAGAGCCCUCAAGAGACUAAAACGGUCUCUAGAGCCGCUUUAGACGGGAUAGCACAAGCCGGUUCAACAGUCAGGUAUUCUUUCGAGGCUCCCAAGCGCGGAUCGCAUUUACCCUUAGUGUCCGCUUCAAAUCCAGUGCUGCUAGGUCGAGCGAGGCUGUCGCCUUCUCCUCGCCGCGUUGGCGUCAUCAGACCCAUGCCAGCGCCGACGCUCGAGCGCUCCGUCUCCACUCCCGCCCCUCUGCCAGAAGACAUUGACAAAAUAGAAGUUCCCCGCAUCGUGACUCCUCCACCUUCACCCAUAGUGGAACCUGAAACGCCUAAAGAGAAGAAAGAAACGCCCUCAGCCUUGAUCGAGCCUAUACCUCGCUCUCCGCCCGAAGAAAUAAAAGAAGUCAUAAGCUUUACGCCCCCCCGCGUGAUUACCCCGGAGCCUAAAAUCGAAGAGAUCGAAAUCAAAACCCCUGAGCUCAAGACUCCCGAGCUGAACGGUCACGUAGAAAGGAAAACCCUUAAGACGUGGAAGAGUUUGGACGUGGAGAAAAAGGAGCCAAAGGAGAAUGGAGACGUGAAGUCCUGGAUAAGGGGGGGUAGUCCCGCGGCCGCGAGGAGGGGGCGGGUGCCGCCGCCCGCCGCCACCUCGGUGGUCUUCAACUUCUCUGGGAGGAAGGAGGUGCCGGAUUACAUUGAGAACGAUGGAAUCAUUCUUCGGAAUAAGCGGGACAAGAUUAAGGCGUCCGACCCAGGCGUGGUGGUGCUCCGCCCCGAAGCCCUGACCCGCGACUCGGACUCGGACGAGACCGACGACUGCGGCCCCCCGUCCCCGCUCGCCGUGCGUUUCAUCAACGACAACGUGUUGAUCAACGGCCGCUCGUCCAUGCCAGGCAAGGUCGACCGCUGCCGCGCCGCCCGGCUCAAAAUACAGUUCGAUGACUCGCUGACGCGCACGUUCGAGUACCCGUCCGAGACGUCGCUGUGCGAGGACUCGCCGCCGCCGCCCCAGCCCGCCCACCAGGCCGCCCUGGCCUCCAACACGCAUAUAGCGUCCGCGUCCCUGUCCCGCUACACGCCGCACAAGACGCUGUCGGACGCUUUCCAGCUCGGCGUCACGAGGCACGAGCGGGAAGAAGAGCAUACAGUGAACGCAGAACGCACGGAGCCCACGGACUCUGAGGACGCGCGGCCGUGCGCCGCAGACUGCGCGCGCACGUGGAGCGAGUCGCGCACACACGCCACCGACCUGCUGUUCUGUGAGUACACCAUAGUGGACCCUGUGUCCAUGUGA